UUUCAUUCAUUCCGUGGAGGGAAAAAAAAUGUUUCUUUUAUUUCCAUCUCAUUUCGUUCUUCGUUCAUUUGUUGCUUGAAACCGCGUUAUUUGGUGAUUUAAUUUGUAUUUAUUUGAGAACUACCACUUUUUCACGACGAAAAUGGCGAAUCAAUGGGGACAGAAAGCUGAGGAAUUAGAAAUAUCAAAUAAAGUUGCAGGGCUAGGAUUGAAUAAGAAACCUCUCAACCAGACUACAGACUCUGAUGAAGCUGCCGACGCCGCUAACCCUGCUGAGGCUUCAUUAUUGAUGAAAAUAAUCAGGCAGGGCCUGGUAGAGUCGAAAUUAGAUAUUGAAAUUCAGAGGAAAGAUCCCAAUUCACCACUAUAUUCCGUAAAGACAUUUGAAGCUCUGCACUUGAAACCUAAUCUUCGGAAAGGUGUUUAUGCAAUGGGCUUUAAUGCUCCGUCCAAAAUUCAAGAAACUGCUUUGCCAACUCUUUUAGCGGAUCCUCCCCAAAAUAUGAUUGCACAGUCUCAGUCAGGGACUGGUAAAACAGCUGCAUUUGUUUUAGCUAUGCUGAGCAGGGUAGAUCCCACCAAGAACUAUCCACAAGUGUUGUGCCUGAGUCCUACAUAUGAGCUUGCCAUUCAAACUGGAGAAGUUGCUGCUAAAAUGGCCCAGUUUUGUCCUGAGAUUAAAUUGAAAUAUGCUGUCAGAGGAGAGGAAGUACCUAGAGGUACCAAGAUUACUGAUCACAUCAUCAUUGGCACUCCUGGCAAGAUGUUGGAUUGGGGUGUCAAGUUCGGGAUGUUUGACUUGAGUAAGAUUAGAGUGUUUGUAUUGGAUGAAGCAGAUGUGAUGAUUGACCGGCAAGGUCACCAGGACCAAUGCAUUCGGAUUCAUAAAUGUUUGCCUCCAACAUGCCAGAUGAUGUUUUUCUCUGCAACAUAUGACAGUGCUGUGAUGGAAUUUGCUGAAAUCAUUGUGCCUAAUCCUAUCAUAAUAAGAUUACUGCGUGAGGAGGAGUCGUUAGAUAACAUAAAACAGUACUAUGUCAAGUGUAAGAAUGCAGAAGACAAAUACAAAGCUAUUUGUAACAUUUAUGGGGUGAUUACAAUUGGACAAGCGAUCAUAUUUUGUCACACCAGGAAAACUGCGAGCUGGCUAUCAGAGAAGAUGUCCAAAGAUGGGCAUUCUGUAGCGGUGCUUUCUGGUGACCUGACUGUGGAACAGAGGAUAGCUGUCCUCGACCGCUUCAGGGCAGGUCUGGAGAAAGUUUUGAUCACCACUAAUGUGCUGUCUCGUGGUAUUGAUGUGGAACAAGUGACACUGGUUGUUAACUUUGAUAUGCCAAUGGACAUGGACAAGAAGGCUGACUGUGAGACAUACUUGCAUAGGAUUGGGCGUACAGGACGGUUUGGUAAAGCAGGUAUUGCAAUAAACUUGAUUGACUCCCCAUUGGCAAUGCAAAUCUGUAAUGACAUUGAAGCCCACUUUGGAAAGAAGAUCAAUUUGCUUGAUAUUGAAGAUGCAGAGGAAAUUGAGAAAAUUGGGGCAUGAGUUGGACUCUCUUAUAUGUAUUGCUAUCUUAUUAAUUAAUCUUUAAGCUUAAAAAUUCUGUAUGCACACAUUACAAUAAGUAAAUUGUUAAACAAA